AUGCUCGAAGCAAAAACGAGACACGUUGACUGGUCAGAAGUCGAUGAGGACACAUUCGUUCGGUUAUGCGAAUUUGCCUAUUUCCGAAACUACACUCCCCCUACAUUUCGCCUGGUCGAUGGCCGGUCUCCUGCGGAAGCCACAAAGCUUCCAAAGGCGCCGGUGCCUGAGCCGGAGUCUGAGCCUGAGCCGGAGCCUGAGCCGGAGGCGGCACCUGUUGAUCAGUCGCCUUCGUCGAAGGACACCACCUGCAAUGAACCCGAAAUUCCAUACACGGAACGAAGCAUCUGGACUGGACAAUUGCGCGAUGCAUUCACUAAAGACCUGACCAUUUCGAGCAUGCAAAGCGGCAACUUGGAUUACAAUUUCACACCACCCAAGAACACCAGUCCGUGGGAAGACUUCACACCUGUAUUUGUCGAACAGGCUAGACUUUAUAUCCUGGCUGACAAGUAUGGCAUAGACUCGUUGUGCCAACUGAUCCUUUCCAAGCUGCAUCAAACGCUAAAGAGCUUCAAGCUAUAUGAUACGGGGAUCACUGGUAUCAUUGAGUUUGUUCAAUUUGUCUACUCGAACACACCGCCAACUUAUGGCAAUCAGAUAGACCCCAUGAGGGAUCUAGUGACACGCUAUGUAGUUUCUGUUAUUGGGAAAAUUGGGGAGAGCGAAUGUUUCCAGGACCUCUUGGAAGACGGUGGUCCUUUCGUCUCUGACUUCUGGCGCACCAUUUGGAGUACUGAUGGACGCCAAGCGAUCGACCUGUCUUUGUUGAUAUGGAUUGAAUUACCUUCGUUUUCCCUCUGUUUCUAUCCAUUAUCUCUAAGGUAA